ACUCACUUUUACUUUUCAAAGUCUGUCUUCUCGAUUCUAUCAUCUCUCUCAAAGCUUGACAGAUCCCUAACUUCUCAGUGAUUUUCCUCUUAACCUUCACACUAUUUGAUUCUUUUGAUUUUUCUUUUUCCUGUAAACUCGAGACGUGGACUAUCCUCCACCUAGUUUUCAUCAACUAAGAUCAAUUCUCCGACGCCUGCAAAGGUGGUCGCUCUUUGCCUAUUCCGGGUGAAGAAAUAGCGAUUGAAUUUGAGAUCUGAGUAAAUUAGGAUCAACGAGUUUGGAUUUGCCUUAAGUGUUUAGACUACUUGUAUAGUGUGCGUAGAUUGAUAAUAGUGUGUUCAAAGGAUGCAGAUUAUCUCUAGGGUUGUACAGUUGGAAGAAGGUAAAGAGAACGGAAUCUCGGUUAGGACAGGACAGUACAAGUCAUUUAGACCGAAACUGCUUCUUCUCCUAGGUCUUUUUCUUGCUGUUGUCGUCACCAUCUUCAUCAUUAGUGUCUCCGCAGUCAAGUAUACUGGACUACAAAAUGUAGUAACCACCUUUGUGCCGUGCCGCGAAGACGGACCAAACAGUUUAAGUAAAUUGAUACGACAACCUCCUUCUGCUCUGAUGCACAGCAUGACCGAUGAGGAGCUUCUCUGGCGUGCCUCUUUCCGGCCUGAGAGAAAAGGUUAUCCGUUUAAAAGGGUUCCAAAGAUCGCGUUUAUGUUUCUGACCAAAGGCCCCUUGCCGCUCGCUUCCCUCUGGGAGAGGUUCUUGAAGGGUCACAAGGGGCUUUACUCUGUUUACGUUCAUCCUGAUCCGUCUUUUACAGCUAAGUUUCCAGCUGAUUCUGUUUUCUACAAGAGGCAGAUACCAAGUCACGUUGCGGAAUGGGGGAGAAUGAGCAUGUGCGAUGCAGAGAAGCGGCUUCUCGCAAACGCGCUUCUCGACAUCUCCAACGAAUGGUUUGUCCUCGUCUCGGAGUCAUGCAUCCCUCUCUACAACUUCACAACGAUCUACACCUACUUAAGCCGAUCACACCACAGCUUCAUCGGUGCUUUCGACGAGCCUGGACCCUACGGUCGAGGCCGAUACAACGAGAACAUGGAGCCCGAAGUUCCCAUCGCCAAGUGGCGAAAAGGGUCUCAGUGGUUUGAGGUGGACCGAGACCUGGCAGCGACCAUCGUCGAAGACACGUUGUAUUACUCUAAAUUCUUAGAGUUUUGUAGGCCUGCUUGCUAUUCGGACGAGCAUUAUUUCCCCACGAUGCUGACUAUCGAGAAACCGACGGCGUUGGCUAACCGGAGCGUGACGUGGACGGACUGGUCUAGAGGAGGGCCUCACCCGGCUACGUUCGGGGAAUCAGACGUUACGGAGAAUUUUUUUGAAAAGAUAUUUGAUGGUACGAACUGCACUUACAAUGGUCGUGACACUUCCAUGUGUUAUCUAUUUGCGAGGAAGUUUGCUCCUAGUGCUUUAGAGCCGUUGCUUCGCAUUGCUCCCAAGAUUAUGGGGUUUUAGAGAUUUUACGCCAAUAUCGUUUUAUUUUGUUUGUUUUUUAUACAAGUUUUGGAAGCUAAGCAUUUGUGUUUGGGCAUAAAACCAUAGAUAAUAGGACAAAGACUGUGAGGCUCUUGUCUCCAACUCGUCUCCUUAUAAUUCUUAGAAGCUAGAAGUAAGUUGCUCACCGACCAAGGUUUUGUUUGGUUUGAAUAUGAAUACUUUAAUUACUUUGUGCAAAAGUGGGCAAUGGGAACAGAACACAGCCAGGUGUAGACACACUUUUACACCUACGGAAACCUCUCGAACACAAAAGACUGCCAACUUCUACAAUCUGUCUUUCUCUUAAAUAAAAACAGUUCAAUGGGCAAAUUCAUUAAAAGUUGUUUAAAAAGGUUUCAGCAGGCUAAUGUUUAUUUUAUUUGGAUGCAGAAAGAAUGCAAUAAUGGUGUAUUUGUUUAUUUCUUAUUGAUUACCACCGCGUAUAACCUAUGGUUUAUUGGAAUGAAGAAAUUCAGAAUAAUCCACCAACUUAUUGAAAAGCUAAUGAAGAAAGUAGUGUUUGUCCUUCUUCAAACUGAUGUUCACCACACACACAAAUAGGAAGGAUAAAUGUUUCAUCUAUUCAACUAAUCUUUCGCAUUUGAUUCAAAAGGUUGACAAAUCAAAUCCUAUACGUUUUUAAAUGCUGUUUUUGCUUUGAAAAAAAUGGUAACUAUGGAGAAUUCGUUAUUAAUACCCUAAUCACAAAAACAGAAUACAUAGUUACCAAGUUUUUCAAAAUUCCCCGAAAAGUAAUGAGAAAUCAACAUUGGUUGGAGAAAUUAAGGACUGCCUAUUCCUUAGACAUGUAUUCUACGUAAUCAAAAGGCACUUUAGCACUAAACCGUGUUACACCAUCAUUUACAAUGUGAUUCCCACUCUCUCCAUCUUUGGCCGUUUCCUAUACGGAACCGCGUGAUUUAGAAGAAAAAAAAAUAUUUUUCACGCGCCAAACCAUCACAUUCUCACGGUCUCACGGUCUCACCGACCGUUGUGCCUUUUUGUUUGAGCUGAAGAGUUUAGAUGCACGCGCCUCGGUGAGCAUUUCAAAAGACAGCAAAUUACGUUAGAACGGCGCCGUUACGAAGAGAUGAUGGAUGACCUGUCGAAAUCUCAGUAAACACGCUGGAAGAAUAUAUACCGUUCGAUCGUCACGAUUCGAGGGACCCGCAGGUGGACCAGCUGUAAUUGCAGGAUUUCUAGCGCUGGAAAAAUCCGGUUACCUAAACCAAGCUAAACCGGACAGCUCCGCGUAUGCUCAACCCCUUUAUAUACGCCGCAUCACUUGAGCUAAUAUUCACAAAAACCUUCAGAGCUUUAAAACAUUUCGAAAUAACAAAAACCCUAGCCUCCCUCCCUUCUGCUCUCUACAGAACUCUGAAAUGGCGAUCUCUAAGGCUUCCAUUGUUGCUCUCGUCGCGGUGAUCGUCUCCGUCGUCGCUACCGUCGCUUCGGCUCAGUCUGAGUCUCCGGCGCCGAGCCCUACUUCCGGAUCUGGUGCCUUCUCUCCGUCCAUCGUCUCAGCUGGUGUUGCAGCCGUGGCGGCUCUUGUUUUCGGCUCUGCUCUUCGGAUCUAAGUCCUUGUUGUGAUGGUUGAUUCGUACAGAGAUAUUGUUUUUGGGAAAAUUUUAUAGCGUUUAUUGAUGAUAGUCUCCGUGUGUAUUCCGGAGCUAUAGAUCUCUCUUUCUUUCUAUUGUGGUUUUCUGAUUUCUAUACCGAUUUUGCGAUAUUUUUAUUAUGAUAUAUGAUUCUAUUCUAUUUUA